CCUCUCCUCUCUCCUCCUCACCUCUCCUCCAGGCUAGGCCCAGUGUUCAGCCUGUUUGUACCUUUCUACUCCUCCAUCCCCAAGGUUCCAGUCACUCAACUCCUUGGUCAGAUCUCCAUAACUAACAAGUCCCUGGUUUACAUUGUAGGCCUGCAGCUCCUUACCUCCAGUCCGUUCAUGUGGCUCGUUGCUCUCAGUGGACUGGUCUCUGGGAAGCUGUACCACGGAAACGCUCUGAGGGUGCAGCGGCUGCUCUUCGUACCCCGGUGGCUGUCCCGUGUAGGGGCCUUCGUCCUGGAGCCCCUGUUCUCCGGGCCCCCGCCCCCCAAUGAACCCCCCCUGGGUAUGGGGGCUACUCUGGACAUCCAGAGACAGCAGAGGAUGGAUCUCCAUGAUCAACAGAUGCUGCUGGCCCAGUUCCAUCAGGCCAGGAGGAACCACAGACCACCACAG